AACCCGCAUAAAUGUUUAAUUUAUGAACAAUAUUCCACAUAUACAUACACAUAUAGAGAUAUAAGGUAUGUAUGGAUGAAUAUAAGUAUGUGUAUUUUUCAGAUGUUGAAUGCGAUGGUGAUGGUGUAGGACGUCUUACAAUUUUCACACACACACACACUGACCGAGCCCCCUCUCUCUCCUAUCUUUCUCUAUCUAUGUGACCGUGAGCUAUUUCUCCAUAGUUAAAGUCGCUGUGGUGGCUUUUUUAACGAUCCCUGUUUUUUCCACCUCAGUUUGUUAUUACAUCUCUCUCUUUCUUUAGGCGUUUUUUUCCCCUUUUUUAUUGUGAUUAAAUCUCUCUCAUUCGUUUUCCGUGUCAAAGGCAUCGCCUUGUGUUUCCUCAUGUCGAUUUUGACCAAGUUUUUUGGAUAAAAAACAGAGCUUCGAGCUGUAUCACUGAUUCCAGAGUUCUAUUGAUGCGAUCAUUCUAGAGUGAGAAACUUAGUUUGAUCUGAUGGGGCUCCAAGAUUUGAUUUUUUCUUCCAAUUGAUUGGGGAUUCCGGCUCUCUUAGGCUUAUGUUAAGUCAGUUUUGAUCCUCUCUUCAUAUUGUUUGCUUGAUUUGGGUUUUUUUUUCACGCAAUCAAGUGUGUAUGUAUGUAGGCUGUUUUCCCUUUUCUUUUUCAUUUAUUUAUUUUCUAGCGAAUUGGGGGAAAAGGGCAUAGUUUUUUCAUAGAUCUGCUCUUUUUGGCCGUGGUGUGUGCCCUUUUUAGCUUUUGCUCAUUAUUGUUAUUAUUAUAUAAGGACAUCUACAUCUAUAUUGUGUAUUCAUGUUUCUGAUUUAUUGUAUCUAUAGUUUCCUAGAAAACUGGAGGGGCCCCUGUUGAGGAUAAGGGUAGUUGAAAGCUCAUUGUUUUCAUAUGUUGGGAUGCUUAAUCUUGUUCACCUGUUGUGAAGAGAAGAGUGGAUUUUUCCAAUUCCAAGGGUGACCUUUCUGGAUAAGUUGGGAUAUCUCUUUGCUGAAUUCACAAAGUGCUGUUGAUAUAUCUUUUUUAGGAAAACUGUAGAACAUCAUUGGGAGUGGUUUUUAUUUCUGGGAAUUCCACACAUUGUUGGAAUAGUGGAUUGCUAGUGAGUCUCAGAGAAUAGGAAAAUCUUCCCAAGGGAUUCUUGUCGAAUUUCGUGACGGAUCCAAAUACGGAAAAUAGGGGGUGUGACUGUGUUGCUGGUCUGGAGUGCUUUCUAAAUGUAAUCAGGGCCCUGAGAAUGGGUUCCUGCUUGUCUGGUGAGAGCGGGAGCCCUCGGGCCGGUUCUCCAAUGGGGCUUAGGAAGAGGAGGAACUCAAAACGGAGGUUUGGGUCUCGAAGUUCCUCCUUCGACUAUAGGAGGGAAGAACAGCUGCAUAGGACACCGGGGCGGAUGUUCUUGAACGGUUCCAGUGACAUUGCUUGUCUUUUUAGCCAGCAGGGCAAGAAAGGGACCAAUCAAGACGCCAUGAUUGUUUGGGAGAACUUUGGUUCGAGAACAGACACAGUCUUCUGUGGGGUUUUUGACGGCCAUGGUCCUUACGGUCAUUUGGUUGCAAAGCGAGUUAGAGACUCUCUUCCUCUGAAGCUGAGUGCGCACUGGGAAGUCAAUAUAAAGAGUGACGAGGUUCUAAGGGAGGUCAGUUUAAAUACAAGUAGCAUGUGCUCAGAAGAUACUUCAUUCUUGUCUGCUGAAGAGGAAAGUAGAGUCUCCAUUGAUAUCGAAGAAACUGGAAAGCAGCCAGAGAUCUUCCAGACAUUGAAGGAGUCCUUCCUCAAGGCCUAUAAGGUUAUGGACAGGGAGCUGAGAAUGCAUGCAAAUAUCGAUUGCUUCUGCAGUGGAACAACAGCUGUGACUCUGGUGAAACAGGGUCAAGAUCUUGUGAUUGGAAAUAUUGGGGACUCUAGAGCCAUAUUAGCUACUAGAGAUGCAAAUAACUCACUUGCUGCAGUCCAGUUGACUGUGGAUCUCAAACCUAAUCUUCCAGCUGAAGCAGCUAGAAUUCGUAAAUGUAGAGGACGUGUUUUCGCUCUUCAUGAUGAACCUGAAGUCCCAAGGGUGUGGCUACCAAACAACGACUCUCCUGGCCUUGCCAUGGCACGUGCAUUUGGUGAUUUCUGUCUCAAGGACUUUGGCCUUAUCUCCGUUCCUGAAGUUUCUUAUAGGCGCAUUACUGAUAAGGAUGAGUUCAUCGUCCUCGCCACAGAUGGGAUAUGGGAUGUACUCUCGAACAAGGAAGUGGUCGAAAUCGUGAGUUCCUGCUCCCUACGUUCAUCUGCUGCUCGAACCCUAGUGGAGUCAGCAGUCCGGUCAUGGAAAUCCAAGUAUCCAACUUCUAAAGUAGAUGACUGCGCCGUUGUUUGCCUCUUCCUGGACUCGAACGAGUCCACUGCUGCAACCAUGAAAUCUAAAGAGAACAUCCCCACCACAGUUGAAGAGGAGGAAGAGGAGGAUGGUCCCAGGUCUGGCACGGUCAUGCAAGUGAUGGACGAGAACGGAGAAGUCUCAGAAGGUAACGAGGACGAGGCAGACGAGGAGGAGCAUGCAAACGUAGGGGUUGGACACGAGUGGUCUGCUCUGGAAGGAGUGUCGCGUGUGAACACACUCCUAACGCUGCCAAGGUUUGUGCCAGGGAAAGACGACAUCAAAGCUGCGGAGGAGAGGAAGGGUAGGAAGUGAAAAAAAUGAGGGUUUGCAUCUAUACUUGUGGCUCUAUAUUUUCAUUGAAAAACUGAUUUUGAUUCUUUUGGCGGGAGGCGGGGGGCGUUUAGAUGUAGCGACGUUUGCGUUUGGCGGUGAGGUGGACGUCGGCCCGGCUAAUAUUAGAGAGGUCUGGUCUGGUCUGGGAACUCAUCCUCAUGGAUGAAAAUGGAGUUUUUGAUACUAUCCACCUUUCCUACAUAUUUGUUUCAAUUAUUUUUCCAGUUCUUUUUUUCUUUUCUUUUUCUUUGGUCCCUCAUGAAAUAGUGCUGCUUGUAUCACCUUAUGCUCAUAAUAAUUUGUUUCUUCUAUUCUA